AUGGAAACAGACGUCCACGCGAUGUCGGAAGCACAACAGUAUGCACAAGCUCCACGGCCAACACAAACACAACACUCGCCAGCUCCUCAACCAACCAGAGAAAUGCAACAAACCAGUGCACCGACAUCAGCUGAUGCCUGUUUGAGUAUAGUACACAGUUUGAUGUGCCAUCGACAGGGAUGGGAAAGAGAAGGAUUUGCCAAACGAGCCAUUGAGUCACUGGUUAAAAAGUUAAAGGGAAAAAGAGAUGAAUUAGAUGGUCUUAUUCUGGCUAUAACUACAAAUGGUUCAAAUCCAAGUAAAUGUGUUACAAUACAAAGAACAUUAGAUGGGCGGUUACAGAUUGCUGGGCGUAAAGUUUUUCCGCAUGUAAUAUAUGCAAGAAUCUGGCGAUGGCCAGAUUUACAUAAAAAUGAACUCAAGCACUUAAAGUAUUGCCAAUAUGCUUUUGACUUAAAAUGUGAUUCUGUGUGUGUUAAUCCGUAUCAUUAUGAACGUGUUGUGUCAUCAGGCAUAGAUUUAAGUGGUCUAACUCUACAAAGUGAUACAUCUACUAAUAGUUCUGGCCAAAUAAUUAGCUUAAGAGAUGAGUAUACAGCUGGCGGGGGAGUAAUGACUUCCUCGCCAACUGGUUCCAGUCAAGUUAGCAGUUCCAAUAUGAAUAGUGAUGUAUCUGGAAACAGCCCGUCUGUGACUGUACAACAUCACUUACCUCUUUUAUAUCAUCAAACAAAUCCAGCCAUUGGAGUUCCUCAACAACCGAACGUCUCUCUAGCUGCCGGAGAUAUUGGUUUGUUUCGGCCCACACUACAGCAGCAACAAUGUCCUAGUCGUCAAAUUGGUGUAAACUCUCAAGUACAGGUUAAGACUGAAUCAUGUGACAAUUGGAUGCCGAGUACACCAUCACAUACACAUCCCAACAGACCACCAAACAUGCCAUUACAAAAUCCCAGUAUGUUCCAAGGACAAAAUGAAGACAAUUUAUUACCUAGUCAAACAAUGACACUUCAUGAUUUUCAAGGACCUACCGCCCCAAUGUCUGGUACAACCACAGAUAAUCGACCAGUACAAAGCACACUUACUUAUACACAUUCAAUGCAACCACCACAUCCAGUAUUUUGGGGAGUUACUGAAAUGGGAUCCAGUGGUUUAUUAUCAUCUCAGCCGGCUCCUGAACAUUGGUGUUUAAUUGCUUACUUUGAAUUAGAUACUCAGGUUGGAGAAAUGUUUAAAGUUUCAUCUACUUGCCAUCAUGUCACGGUUGAUGGUUAUGUUGAUCCUUCUAGAAGUAAUCGAUUUUGUUUGGGUGCCCUUUGUAAUGUUCAAAGGACAGAACAAAGUGAAAGAGCUAGAUUGCAUAUUGGAAAAGGUAUUCAACUAGAUCUGAUUGGAGAAGGAGAUGUUUGGUUAAAAUGUCAGAGUGAUCAUUCAGUUUUUGUGCAGUCAUAUUAUUUAGAUAGAGAAGCUGGCCGAGCACCAGGAGAUGCAGUCCAUAAAAUUUAUCCUCGUGCAUACAUUAAAGUUUUUGAUCUUAGACAGUGUUACAAGCAAAUGUGUCAACAAGCCGAAACAGCUCAAAAUGCAGCUGCUGCGCAAGCAGCAGCAGUUGCAGGACAUCUAACAGGAUCUAAUAUUGUGGGAGGUAUUGCUCCAGCUAUAAGAUUGAGUGCUACAGCGGGUAUUGGAGUAGACGAUUUAACAAGAUUAUGCAUAUUAAGAUUAAGUUUUGUUAAAGGUUGGGGCCCCGACUACCCACGAAGUAGCAUUAAAGAGACUCCAUGUUGGAUAGAAGUUCAUUUACAUCGAGCAUUACAACUUUUGGAUGAAGUGUUACACUCAAUGCAAAUAAAUUCAUCGAGAUCUUGA